CUUUUCUCAAUGGUUAGCGCAUGUGCGUUCGCGAGAUUAGGGUCGGCUGCCCUACGGGUGGAGAGACAGCGGGGGAUGGAGAGGGAGUGACUCGGGGACCAGCAGAUAGUGGGGCCGGUGUGAUAACGGCAUAGAUUAAGCUUGUUAAAGGAACCCUCAACCUAUCAGUUAUCACCAUGGUGGCCUUGUCACUGAAAAUAUGUGUCCGUCAGUGCAAUGUAGUGAAGACCAUGCAGUUUGAGCCAUCCACUGCUGUAUACGAUGCAUGCCGAAUCAUCCGGGAGAGGGUCCCCGAAGCUCAGACAGGGCAAGCAUUUGACUUUGGGCUGUUCCUAUCAGAUGAAGAUCCUAGAAAAGGGAUAUGGUUGGAGGCUGGCAGGACCCUGGACUAUUACAUGCUGAGAAAUGGGGAUGUCCUGGAAUACAAGAAAAAGCAGCGUCCCCAGAAGAUCAGAAUGCUUGAUGGGGCAGCCAAGAUGAUUAUGGUGGAUGACUCCAAGACAGUGGGGGAGCUCCUUGUUACAAUCUGUAGUAGGAUAGGAAUUACAAAUUAUGAAGAGUACUCUCUAAUCCGGGAGACCAUUGAGGAGAAGAAGGAAGAACCAACAGGGACUUUGAAGAAAGACAGAACACUACUCCGAGAUGAAAAGAAGAUGGAAAAACUUAAAGCAAAGCUCCAUACAGAAGAUGAGUUGAACUGGUUGGAUCAUAGUCGCACAUUCCGUGAACAAGGUGUGGAUGAGAAUGAAACCCUUCUCCUGCGUAGGAAGUUCUUCUACUCUGAUCAGAAUGUGGAUUCCAGAGACCCAGUGCAGCUUAACCUGCUUUAUGUUCAGGCUCGUGAUGAUAUCUUGAAUGGAUCCCACCCUGUGUCAUUUGAUAAAGCCUGUGAGUUUGGUGGAAUACAAACACAGAUACAGUUCGGACCUCAUGUGGAAGUAAAGCACAAACCUGGAUUUUUAGAUCUAAAAGAGUUUCUGCCCAAAGAGUACAUUAAACAAAGAGGAUCAGAGAAGAAGCUAUUUCAGGAGCAUAAAAACUGUGGAGAAAUGACAGAAAUAGAAGCCAAAGUGAAGUAUGUGAAGCUGGCGCGCUCUCUGCGAACGUAUGGCGUUUCAUUCUUCCUGGUGAAGGAGAAAAUGAAGAGCAAAAACAAACUGGUACCACGUCUCCUGGGUAUCACCAAGGACUCUGUGAUGCGGGUAGAUGAGAGAACCAAGGAAGUGUUACAAGAAUGGCCUCUGACAACUGUUAAACGCUGGGCUGCCUCUCCUAAAAGCUUCACAUUGGAUUUUGGAGAGUACCAGGAGAGUUAUUACUCUGUCCAGACUACAGAAGGGGAGCAAAUAUCUCAGCUUAUUGCUGGAUAUAUAGACAUCAUUCUGAAGAAGAAACAAAGCAAGGACCGGUUCGGUUUGGAGGGGGAUGAGGAAUCUACCAUGCUAGAAGAGUCAAUCUCCCCUAAAAAAUCCACCAUUCUGCAGCAACAGCAGGUCACUCGUCCAGGAAAGCCAGAACUUGGAACAGUGGCUCUCCCUGCUAUCAUACGAUCAGGAUCCAGUGGACCUGAAUCCUUUAAUAUGGGCAGUAUGCCUUCUGCCCAGCAGCAACUCACCAUAGAUCAGAUGCACAGAGGACACAUGCCACCACUAACUUCUGCCCAGCAAGCGCUGAUGGGGACGAUUAACACCAGUAUGCAUGCAGUGCAACAGGCACAUGAUGACCUCAGACAAGUGGACAACCUGCCAGAUCUUGGACAUGACAUGGCAUCAAGAGUUUGGAUUCAGAACAAGGUAGACGAAUCCAAGCAUGAGAUCCAUUCCCAGGUGGAUGCCAUCACGGCAGGAACAGCAUCCGUAGUGAAUUUGACUGCUGGUGAUCCAACAGAGACAGAUUACACAGCUGUGGGCUGCGCUAUUACCACCAUCUCUUCCAACCUAACAGAAAUGUCAAAAGGAGUGAAGCUGCUGGCUGCAUUGAUGGAGGAUGAGGUUGGCAGUGGAGAGAAAUUGCUAGGAGCGGCCCGGACACUAGCAGGCGCUGUUUCAGACCUGCUCACUGCUGUGCAACCUUCUUCAGGAGAGCCACGUCAGACUGUUCUCACAGCAGCUGGCAGCAUUGGACAAGCAAGUGGAGAUCUACUGCGACAGAUUGGCGAGAGCGACACUGACGAGAGGUUCCAGGAUGUGUUAAUGAAUUUAGCAAAAGCAGUGGCCAAUGCAGCUGCUAUGAUGGUGCUUAAGGCAAAGAAUGUUGCACAAGUGACCGAGGAUACAGUUCAGCAGAACAGGGUGAUUGCAGCUGCUACACAAUGUGCACUGUCCACUUCCCAGCUGGUGGCCUGUGCUAAGGUGGUGAGUCCAACCAUAAGUUCACCAGUGUGCCAGGAGCAGCUAAUUGAGGCAGGGAAGUUGGUGGACCGUUCUGUGGACAACUGUGUACGAGCUUGCCAGGCUGCAACUGAAGAUAUGGAGCUCUUGAAGCAGGUCAGCGCAGCAGCCAGUGUUGUGGGCCAAGCACUCAAUGAUCUUCUGCAGCAUGUACGCCAAUUCACCAGUCGUGGGGAGCCUAUUGGACGCUAUGAUCAGGCUACUGACACCAUCAUGUGUGUCACGGAGAGCAUAUUCAGUUCUAUGGGGGAUGCAGGUGAAAUGGUACGGCAGGCAAGAGUGCUGGCACAAGCCACAUCUGACUUGGUGAAUGCAAUGAGAUCUGAUGCAGAGGCAGAGAUUGACAUGGAUAAUUCCAAAAAGUUGCUGGCUGCGGCUAAAUUGCUGGCAGACUCAACGGCACGUAUGGUGGAGGCUGCAAAGGGUGCUGCAGCCAACCCUGAAAAUGAGGAUCAGCAACAACGACUCAGAGAGGCAGCUGAGGGUCUGAGAGUUGCAACCAAUGCAGCUGCCCAAAAUGCCAUCAAGAAAAAGAUUGUAAAUCGCUUGGAGGCUGCUGCUAAACAGGCUGCAGCUGCUGCCACACAAACCAUUGCAGCUUCACAGAAUGCAUCUGUCUCCAACAAAAACAUAGCAGCUCAUCAACAGCUAGUCCAGAGUUGCAAGUCAGUCGCAGACCAUAUUCCUCAACUGGUUCAAGGAGUGAGAGGCAGCCAGGCCCAGGCUGAGGAUCUAAGUGCCCAACUUGCUCUUAUUAUAUCCAGCCAGAACUUCUUACAGCCCGGAAGUAAGAUGGUGACGUCUGCCAAGGCUGCUGUGCCUACUGUAACAGAUCAGGCAGCUGCCAUGCAAUUAGGCCAAUGUGCAAAGAAUCUAGCAACAAGCUUAGCCGAACUACGCACUGCAGCACAGAAGGCACAUGAGGCCUGUGGGCCAAUGGAAAUAGACUCCGCACUGAAUUCUGUCCAGACACUAAAGAAUGAACUGCAAGAUGCAAAGAUGGCUGCAUCUGACAGACAACUGAAACCGCUACCUGGCGAGACGUUGGAAAAGUGUGCUCAGGAUCUCGGCAGUACCUCGAAGACCGUUGGUUCAUCAAUGGCUCAGCUUCUGACAUGUGCCGCUCAGGGAAACGAGCAUUAUACAGGUGUGGCUGCAAGAGAGACUGCUCAGGCUUUGAAGGCAUUGGCACAGGCAGCUCGUGGUGUGGCUGCUUCAACUGGUGAUCCCCAAGCUGCUAGUGACAUGCUGGACUCGGCUAGAGAUGUAAUGGAUGGGUCAGCCAAUCUCAUCCAGGAAGCAAAGCAAGCUUUGUUAGCACCUGGAGAUGCAGAGAUUCAGCAGCGACUGGCCCAGGUGGCCAAAUCUGUUUCACAUUCCCUGAAUAACUGUGUGAACUGUCUGCCUGGGCAGAAGGAUGUGGAUAUGGCUUUGAAGAGCAUUGGGGAGUCCAGCAAGAAGCUGCUUGUGGAUUCACUUCCUCCAAGCACUAAGUCAUUUCAAGAGGCCCAGAGUGAACUGAACCAGGCAGCUGAAGGUCUGAACCAGUCAGCAGGGGAAGUGGUUCAUGCUUCAAGAGGGCAAAGUGGGGAACUGGCAGCUGCCUCGGGCAAAUUCAGUGAGGAUUUUGAUGAGUUUCUUGAUGCUGGCAUUGAGAUGGCUGGCCAGACACAGAAUAAGGAUGACCAGAUACAGGUUAUAGGUAAUCUAAAGACAAUCUCAAUGGCCUCCAGCAAGCUGCUCCUGGCUGCUAAAUCACUUUCUGUGGAUUCUGGAGCUCCAAGUGCCAAAAACUUGCUGGCAGCUGCAGCAAGAGCUGUAACUGAGAGCAUAAACCAGCUUAUCACCCUAUGCACACAGCAGGCACCAGGUCAGAAAGAGUGUGACAAUGCACUACGUGAGCUGGAGACUGUGAAAGGGAUGCUUGAGAACCCGAAUGAACCAGUCAGUGACCUUUCUUAUUUUGACUGUAUCGAAAGUGUAAUGGAGAAUUCCAAGGUUCUUGGAGAAUCCAUGGCUGGGAUCUCUCAAAAUGCUAAAACGGGUGAUUUGCCAGUUUUUGGGGAGUGUGUUAGUGUAGCCUCCAAAGCUUUGUGUGGACUGACAGAAGCAGCUGCCCAGGCUGCCUAUCUUGUUGGUAUAUCUGAUCCCAAUAGCCAGGCUGGCCAACAGGGAUUGGUGGACCCUAUCCAGUUUGCAAGAGCUAAUCAAGCCAUUCAGAUGGCUUGCCAGAAUCUAGUGGAUCCAGCAAGUAGUCCAUCCCAGGUGCUCUCAGCAGCGACAAUUGUAGCCAAACAUACCUCCGCAUUAUGUAAUGCUUGUCGCAUUGCAUCAUCCAAGACUGCUAACCCCGUGGCUAAGAGACAUUUUGUCCAGUCUGCAAAAGAAGUUGCAAACAGUACUGCUAACCUAGUGAAAACAAUUAAGACACUUGAUGGAGACUUUUCUGAUGACAAUCGGGAAAAGUGCAGUACAGCAACUGCCCCACUCAUUUCAGCUGUAGAAAACUUGACCGCAUUUGCCUCAAACCCUGAGUUUGCCAGCAUCGCAGCUCAGAUUAGCAAUGAGGGAUCCCGAGCCCAGGAACCUAUCUUAGUAUCUGCCGUCACCAUGCUGGAGAGUUCAUCAUCUCUCAUCAAGACUGCCAGGUCCUUGGCCAUCAAUCCCAAGGAUCCCCCAACCUGGUCCAGCCUAGCUGGUCACUCCCGCAUUGUUUCUGAUUCCAUCAAGAGCUUGAUUACAUCCAUUAGGGACAAAGCUCCAGGGCAAAGAGAAUGUGAUCAGUCAAUCGAUAGCAUCAACAGGUGUAUCCGUGACAUUGAACAGGCAUCUCUUGCUUCAGUUAGUCAAAAUCUGGCUAUGCGGGAUGACAUCUCUUUGGAGGCUCUGCAAGAACAACUUACAUCUGUGGUUCAGGAAAUUGGUCACCUCAUUGAUCCCAUCACUGUUGCAGCUAGAGGUGAAGCAGCACAGCUUGGACACAAGGUCACACAACUUGCCCAGUACUUUGAGCCUCUAAUCCUAAGUGCAGUUGGAGUAGUCUCUAAGAUCCUGGAUCAUCAGCAGCAGAUGACAGUACUAGAUCAGACAAAGACCCUCGCAGAAUCUGCUCUCCAGAUGUUGUAUGCAGCCAAGGAGGGUGGUGGAAAUCCCAAGGCCUCACACACCCAUGAUGCAAUUGCAGAGGCUGCUCAGCUAAUGAAAGAGGCAGUUGAUGAUCUCAUGAUCACCCUGAAUGAGGCUGCCAGCGAGGUUGGCAUGGUUGGAGGCAUGGUGGAUUCCAUUGCUGAUGCAAUUAGCAAGCUGGAUGAAGGGACUCCUCCUGAGCCCACUGGAACCUUUGUGGACUAUCAGACCACAGGAGUUAAAUAUUCCAAGGCCAUAGCUGUCACUGCACAGGAAAUGAUGACCAAGUCUGUCACUAACCCUGAGGAACUGGGCAGUUUAGCCUCCCAGGUGACAAGUGACUAUGGGAAUUUAGCAAUCCAUGGACGGAUGGCAGCAGCCACUGCAGAACCAAAAGAGGUUGGUGUCCAGAUUAAGUCUCGGGUACAAGAUUUGGGUCAUGGUUGUAUAUUCCUAGUUCAGAAGGCUGGAGCACUGCAGAUCUGCCCAUCUGACAGCUAUACCAAGCGGGAGCUUAUAGAAUGUGCCAGAGCUGUGACAGAGAAGGUUUCCCUAGUUCUGUCAGCACUUCAGGCUGGUAACAAGGGAACCCAGGCCUGUAUCACAGCAGGCAGCGCUGUGUCUGGCAUCAUUGCGGAUCUGGACACCACAAUCAUGUUUGCCACAGCUGGAACACUUAACUCUGAGAACAAAGAGUCCUUCGCUGAUCACAGAGAAAACAUACUGAAGACAGCCAAGGCUCUUGUGGAAGACACAAAGUUACUGGUAUCAGGGGCAGCAUCUAGCCAGGAGAAAUUGGCACAGGCAGCGCAGUCAUCAGCCAACACUAUUACCCAGCUAGCAGAAGUGGUGAAACUUGGAGCAGCAAGUCUUGGUUCUGAUGACCCUGAAACACAGCUCUAUAUCUAUCUGCAAAUAAGACGGCCCAGCCUGGACACAAUAUUCCAAGUGAACACGGAGCAGUGCCGGGUAGUACUUAUCAAUGCUAUCAAAGAUGUGGCAAAGGCCCUGGGAGAUUUAAUUGGAGCCACGAAAGGUGCAGCAGGGAAGGCAGCUGAUGACCCAUCAAUGUAUCAUCUGAAGAGCGCAGCCAAGGUUAUGGUGACAAAUGUCACCUCGCUCUUGAAGACUGUGAAAGCUGUAGAAGAUGAAGCAACACGCGGUACAAGGGCUCUUGAAGCCACAAUUGAGCAUAUCAAACAGGAACUUACUGUGUUCCAGUCUAAGGAGGCUCCAGACAACACAACAUCCCCAGAAGAAUCUAUCCGCAUGACCAAAGGAAUCACAACUGCAACAGCAAAAGCCGUUGCAGCAGGAAAUUCAUGCAGACAGGAAGAUGUAAUUGCCACAGCCAAUCUGAGUCGAAAGGCUGUAUCAGAGAUGCUCACAGCCAGCAAGCAAGCUGUAUACCAUCCUGAUGUCAGCCCAGAUACCAGAGAACGUGCACUGAAAUAUGGGACUGAGUGUACCCUGGGAUACUUGGAGAUGCUGGAACAUGUUUUAUUGAUUCUGCAGAAACCAAGCCCGGAAUCCAAGCUGCAGCUUUCAGGGUUCUCAAAACGUAUUGCGUCCGCUGUGACAGAACUGAUUCAGAUCACAGAGACCAUGAAAGGCACUGAAUGGGUUGAUCCUGAAGAUCCCACUGUGAUAGCGGAGACUGAACUGAUGGGAGCAGCAGCAUCUAUUGAAGCAGCAGCAAAAAAACUGGAGCAGCUCAAACCGCGAGCAAAACCCAGGCAAGCUGAUGAGACCCUGGAUUUCGAGGAGCAGAUCCUAGAAGCCGCAAAAUCCAUCGCAGCUGCCACAAGCGCACUGGUGAAAUCUGCUUCUGCAGCACAGAGAGAGCUGGUUGCACAGGGCAAGGUUGGCGCCAUUGCUGCCAAUGCAGCAGAUGAUGGACAGUGGUCCCAGGGACUCAUUUCAGCUGCCAGGAUGGUGGCAGCAGCAACCAGCAACCUGUGUGAAUCAGCUAAUGCAUCAGUGCAGGGCCAUGCCAGUGAAGAAAAGCUAAUCUCCUCUGCCAAGCAGGUGGCAGCUUCCACAGCCCAGCUCCUGGUGGCCUGCAAGGUGAAAGCAGACCAAGACUCUGAAGCCAUGAGAAGACUUCAGGCUGCAGGUAAUGCAGUUAAACGCGCCUCGGAUAAUCUGGUCCGAGCGGCACAGAAAGCUGCCUUCAGCAAAGCAGAGGAUGAUGACGUGGUGGUGAAAACGAAAUUUGUGGGAGGAAUUGCACAGAUCAUUGCAGCCCAGGAGGAGAUGCUGAAAAAGGAGAGAGAGUUGGAAGAAGCCCGGAAAAAACUUGCUCAGAUCCGCCAACAGCAAUACAAAUUUUUACCAUCUGCCCUAAGAGAAGAGGAAAGCUAGUAAUCCUGGUGUCUGCUUGACCCAAAAGCAAACCACUCUGAAGCAUCUGAGGAAAGAAAAACUAUCUUAAAAAAAACUCUCCCUGCUGCUUGUUGGAUUAAAAAAGACAAUUAGAAAGUUGGAGAGUAUUCUCUCCUGAGUCUAGCAGUAUUACGUCCCAAACUGGAACUGUGUAUACAAGUACAAAUAUAUAUAUAUAUAUAUAUAAAAGAUAUACACACCCACAGGAGCUGCGGCGGGACUCUUACGCAGAGACAGUUCCACACGUAAAUAAAUAAAGUUGUUGUUUUAAGAAUCUCUUCCCUCAAUUUAACCCACUCACUGUUGUCACUCUGGUAUUAAACAAAAAAAAAAUAAGAGGGAGGAGAUUGCAUUUCAAACACAUUUUCUAUGUAUUUUUCCUUUAAAUUUGACUUGUUCACUGGAACAGUUAUGUACCCUAAAAUAUUCUAUAUAAAGCCUCUUGGGAAUAAAAGGCACUUGUAAAGAAGCGUCAGUGUUCCUCAGUGAUUAUUGCUCUCGGAGUCGGCAGGAGGUGACGUUUCCGUCCAUAUUUGUAGCAUGAUUCUGAGCAAUUAUCAAACAGCCGUGAGGUAAAUGCUGAAGGUACUUAAAACAGGGUAUCCAGGAUCCACACUGAUUCUUUACUUUUAUAUAUGUAGAAAAUCUUACACAAUAUUAUAUUGCAGUAUUAAAUACACUUCUAUUGUAUAAAGUACAAAUUUCUCUCUAAAUUGUUUCAUUUUCUAUUCUCAGUCCUAAUGGUAUCCACACAACCAAGCAAUAGGGCACCAAUAAAGUGCUUUUUCUCUCA